CAAUAUCCUCGCCAGACAACAAAGACACUUUACGUCAUAUUCAUGCGCAAGUGUUUCGUCAAGUUUGGAGUCGGGAGAAAACAGACUGUAGAGACGGAUACACUGAAAGGUUUGCCAUGGUGGUCUUCCCUAGCUCUCUGACAGAGGAAGAGGAGUCGUUGCAGAAAAAAUAUGCCAAACUCAAAAAGAAGAAAAAAGCCCUAAUGGCUUUGAAAAAGCAGAGUUCAACAAGCCAGACGAAUCAGAGUGGUUUAAAACGGACCCUGUCAGACCAGCCUGUAGUCGACACAGCGACAGCUACGGAGCAGGCUAAAAUGUUGAUCAAGUCCGGAGCCAUAAGUGCAAUCAAGUCAGAAAACAAAAACUCUGGCUUUAAACGCUCCAGAACACUAGAGAUCAAACUAAAGGACCCAGAAAAAGGCCCAAUUCCAGCCUUCCUACCAUUCCAAAGGAGCGUCUCCAUUGAUGAAGAGCUACCUGAGUCCGGCAAGAGAGCCAGCAGAAAAUCUCUGUAUGAGAGCUUUGUCAGCCCAGGCGAGCGGGAGCGUUCCCGUGACGACGAGGACCCCGGUGUCGUGUUCACCAGCAGGGACGUGGACCGGGACAGAGAGCGCGAACGGGAGGUGGACAGAGAGAAAGACAGAGAGAGAGAGAGGGACAGGGAGAGAGAUCGCGACAGAGGAAGGGACAGGGAUAGGGAGCACGACAGAGAGAGGGACAGGGAUAGGGAGCACGACAGAGAGAGGGACAGGAGCAGGGAACGAGACCGGGAGAGAGACAGAGACGGACCGUUCAGACGAUCGGACUCAUACCCGGAGCGGCGGGGGGUGAGGAAGGGGAACACAGUGUACGUGUAUGGCUCUGGCCUGGUGGAGGACAGCCUGCGCUCUGCCUUCUCACUGCAUGGCAACAUCAUAGACCUCACAAUGGACAACCCGCACAAUUGCGCGUUCAUCACCUUUGAGAAGAUGGAGUCAGCGGAUCAGGUGGUUGCUGAGCUGAAUGGAAGUACAGUAGGGGAGAUCCCUAUCAAAGUCAGCAUUGCCAGAAAGCAACCAAUGCUGGAUGCAGCUACUGGCAAAUCUGUCUGGGCCUCGCUGGCUGUUCAGAACAGUGCCAAAGGUUCGUACAGGGACAAGAGGAAUCAAGUUGUCUACAGUGAAGAUUUCUUGUGAACCAGAGGAGUCUUGCCACCCUGUGGACCAGAGAAGAACAGAGCAUUUUGUUUUUAUUUCUCUUCUGCAUUUUAGUUUUUGUUGUCAAUUGUGUUAGCUAUGAACUGCACUGUGUGUCAGUCUCAUAUUGUAUGCUUUUUCUUUUGUGUGCUAUUAGAUGAGGACGAGGUCAACAAUACGUCUGCUUUUGUACUCAGUUGUUUUGAGACGGUCAAUAAAUCACAUCAAUACCUUU